GGCCGCAGCCGAGUCGGGCGCAGAGUAUGUGCGCCAAAAUAGUCGCCUUCCUUCGAAGAGCGGUGGGCUCACCCUUCCUUCAGCAAAGCACAAUCGCAAGGUCUAGUCGCGUCUCUCGUACGCCGGUUCGGAUCGCGCCUACACAACGUCCAGAUACAAACAGAUACAGUCAAGCGUUCCGAUGGCGUCUCCCAUACAAAUUUUUCCAUCGUACCGGGCCAUGGGAAGCAUCUACUUCAUUAUCGCAAUGCCUUCAUCUUGGUGGACAGGCAGCGGAGUCAAAAUUUCGACAUGACGCUCGGGAAGCCUUUCGAAACGAUUACUCUUACCACUCUUUACUCGCAUCGGGGUGUGUUUGAGGAGAUGUUUACCGAAGCUCAUGCGCUAGCCCAGCAGCUGAAGGAAGGAAAAACCAUCAUCUACACAAGCAGAGGCAUAGAUUGGGAGCCGUUCGGGCAGCCCAAGAGAAAGAGGCCAUUGGAUUCUGUUGUGUUGGAAAAGGGUGUCAAAGAGCGCAUUGUGGAGGAUAUUAAAGAGUUCACCGAUGCCCGAGAAUGGUACCUUGACCGUGGCAUUCCGUAUCGCAGGGGCUACCUCCUUUAUGGGCCGCCAGGCACAGGCAAGAGUUCCUUCAUCCAGGCCUUGGCUGGCGAGCUCGAUUUCAACAUCGCAAUGCUGAACGUAAGCCAACGCGGCCUGACGGACGACAAAUUAGCGUAUUUGCUCACCAAGGUGCCUCCACGCACGAUUGUGCUGCUCGAAGAUGCCGACGCCGCGUGGGUCAACCGCACACAAGCCGAUGAGACGGGCUACGCAGGGGCUUCGGUGACGUUCUCUGGACUCCUCAAUGCCCUUGAUGGCGUCGCGAGUGCAGAAGAGCGUAUCAUAUUCCUGACGACCAACCACAUUGAGCGGUUGGACGAAGCGCUCAUUCGGCCCGGCCGCGUCGAUCUUACAGUGCGGCUGGGCGAGGCAACGGAAUGGCAGAUCAUGCAGCUCUGGGACCGUUUCUAUGCGGAAGCGGAUCCCGACGGAGCGGGCCGGGAGAGGUUUAUGACCAAGGUGCGCGAGCUAGGCCUGGCGGAUUCCGUGAGCACGGCGGAGCUCCAAGGCGUGUUUUUGUACAACAAGGACGACGUGGAGGGGGCAAUUGCCAGUGUGGAGGAGCUGGCGGAGUUCAAAGCCCGAGGACCGAUGGGCGGAAAGUGACGGAAGGAAGGAAUUAUUAGUGAUUUAUACAGGUUUGCAUGAUUGUGCAGCAAAUGCUACCGUAUGCGGAAGCGAAGCCGGUGCCGAAGGUCGGAGGGAUAUCUAUGAAG